GUCAAAGAGUGGCACGGAGCGGCGCAUGGAGGCACGUCGUCCACCAGCCAAAACGGAGAAGUCGCGCGGCGGAGGUGCUGACUCAAGACGAGGAAGUUCUGCGCAAAAUCUAAGGUCGGGUCCAGAUGACACGCCCAAGUCCACCAAGAGCAACUCAAGGCCGGAGCGGCGGCGCACCACGCCCGUCACCCGCGCUGCCUCUGCCACUGGCCGCCUGCCGAGUCAAGCAGGCGUGCGCCGCAGCCGCUCGCAAGAGACCCCGGGAACUGCCGUUCGCUCGCAGAAAGCGUCGAGUGUGGAGGAGGACCAGGCAGGCAAUAUCAGGUCGCUGGAGGCGCAGGUGGCAACCUUUCGCACGCGUAACGCGGCGCUGGAGGGUGAAGUGGCUCAACUGCGCGCUGAGGCGCAGGCCAUGCGAAAAGGACAGGACGAUGAAAUCCAGAGGUUGCGCCUGGAACUGAGAAAUAAGGAGGCGCAGCUGCAGCAGAAGGAGCUGGAAGUGAAGAAGCUCCAAGCAGCCGCCGCGGUGCCUGCGCCCGCGGCACCCUUGCUGGCGGUGAGUGGCAGUAUGACGCUGCCGCCAGGAGUGACACCCUUCACCUCGCCCCGCUGCACUACACCGCGGCUGCUGCGCCCGGCGCAGACGCUGCCAGUGCCGACGACGGCGCCGACGACGGGGACGCAUCCAGUGCCCGCGCCGACGACGCCCAUGACGGCGCCACACGCGGCCGUGCAGGUUUACACCACGACACCGUCGUGUCUGCGACCAGGCGAUGCAAAAAACGCGCAAGCGCAGGCUGCGCAAGUUCUAAGUUUCGCGACCAGCACGAACGCGACGAACGCAACGAACCGGCCCUGCGCCGCCCUUCCGGUGACAUCGGUGAGAUUGACGUCACUUGGUGCAUGCGACCAAUGGUGGCCCCCCUGGUCGUUAGCUAAGUUGGUUUUGUGA